AUGGUUGAGUGUGUCCAUGACAGCUUAACUGCACCUUUAAAGUACGUCAGCUACGGAUGUUUCUGCGGCAAAGGAUCGGCGGGCAACACACCAGUCGACGCGUCUGAUAGGUGUUGCCAGGCGCAUGACCACUGCUACGAGGCUGCUCAUUCGGAGUCUAUUGGUUGCAGCUCGUUCGACGUGUACGGCAUACUGUAUAAGUAUUCAACUUCUCAUGAUGCCUCAGGCCAAUGCUUGGUCCAUUGCGCUCCGGUUGCUGACUACCCAGCUGAUCAAGAAGGGGCAGCUUGCAUGGCGUACUUGUGCGAGUGCGAUCACAAUUUGACCCAGUGUCUGAAGGAGGUUAAGGACAGCUACAAUGCGGACUACCGCGAGUAUAGGUACUCGGAGGCCGGCCGAGAACACUGCGUAUAA